AUGGGUGGCGACGUAGAGAAGCUCGUCAAUGACUUAGGCAUCCAAUUUAUCCAUAGCACACCCUACUACGCUCAGUCCAACGGUCAAGCGGAGGCUAGUAACAAGAUUAUCAUCACCCUCUUGAAGAAGAUGCUUGUGGAACACCCUCGCCAAUGGCACGAAACAUUGUAUGACACGUUGUGGGCUUAUCGCACUUCCAAGCACAAUCCUACUGCCACAACACCCAAUGCCCUUAUGUUUGGUCACGACGUCAUUCUACCAUUGGAAAUCAAUGUUCAAUCUCUGCGCGUCCAGGAUCAACAUCAUUUGAUCGGUGAAGACUAUGUCCAGGCUAUGUGGCAAGAACAUGAAGACCUUAGCGGGCAGCGCUUAGAGGCUUUGGACAACUUGUUGACCAGUCGUGGUAAAUGGACUCUGCGCUGGGAAGGACCCUUUGUGAUUCACAGAAUUCUGGAGCGCGGGGCUUUUCAUCUCAAAGAUUUGGAUGGUGACCUCCACCGCAAUCCUAUCAACGGUCGUUUCCUGAAGAAGUAUUAUCUUAGUGUUUGCGAGUUUGAAGAUCCACCGGAUAAGCCUGCUCCUCAGACACGUGGCCUACCAUAG